AUGACUUGGCAAAGUGAGUUCUGGUCGUGGAUGUCACCUCGUGCCGUGCCGACAGCCGCGACACCCGCUGUCGGUCAAAAGGCACCAUCGUCACCCGCGCUACAUGGGAAACCCACAAUUGUCAGCUUCCUUCGACACUGCGGCUGUCCCUUCGCCGAGAAGACUUUUUUGAAUUUGCGCGCCCUGGCCGCUAUGCACCCAAAUGUCCAUUUCGUGGCGGUUUCUCACAGCCACCAAGAGUCUACCGACCGUUGGCUCGCUGCGCUGCCUGAACCCUCCAAGAACAUGCAGCCCAAUCUCCAAGUCAUUGUGGACGCAGAGCGUGAGGCAUACGCGGCGUGGGGCUUGGUCAUCUCGGGCCUCUGGCAUGUUCUGGGGAGCAUACCGGGCGUUUCCAAACUGGCCAAAGAAGAGGCCAUCCACGUGCGGCCGACGGAGAGCGGCAGCAGAUGGCAGACGGCAGGCAGCUUUGCAGUAGACGGCCAUGGCAUUGUCAAGUGGUCUAGGAGGGACGCGCGUGCUGACGACACGGCCGACUUUAGACAAGGCCUUGAUGCGCUGCUUGGAGGCACAUGUGAGCAACUUGGAGCAGGCGAAAUGCAAGGAUGA